GUUUGAUUAGGGGGGGGUUAUCGACAGAAUACAAUAAAUACAAAAGAAGAGUUGAGAAUUGUUUACUUGUGAUUCCCGGCUUAAUAAUCUAACAAAGCAUUUGGGAAUCCAAAGGAAUCAGUGACGCAGCCGCAAUGGCUGCCAAAUGUUGGGUGCACUUGCUCCUGCUCUUUGCUUGUUUUUGUCCAGUUGCGAGCAAACCUGAAUGGAUGUUACCUCAGUUCCCUUGUGAUGUCAGGGCCCAGAAUAUCUCAGCAGUCAUAUUUGACUGCCAAAGGCGUAGACUGCAAAAAAUACCACAUGGGAUAACAAGUAACGCAACAGUGCUGAACUUAUCAGAAAAUCAAAUCAAGCAUAUUAAAUCUAAUAUAUUUUCAGGCCUACUGAAUCUCACUAAAAUCAACCUGAGCUGGGCAAAUCAAAAGCAAUCAGUGAAGAUUGAUGACAAUACGUUCAGAAACUUGACCAAGCUGCGUGUGCUGGAGCUGAAUGGCAACUGCCUGACUGCACUGCCUGUCCCCCUCCCUCUUGGUUUGAUUGACCUCGAGCUAAACAGCAACAACAUUUUGUCUUUGGAUAACAGCAGCCUCAUUGGACUCCCAAAUGUGACAAAACUAUGGCUAUCCAAGAAUUGCUACUACUGGAAUCCCUGCGGGACAAAUAUGAACAUCGCGGAAGGCAGUUUUGCGCCAAUGACCAAACUACUGAAUUUGGACUUGUCCUUUAACAACCUAACCAAAGUUCCCAAAGGACUCCCCUCAUCAUUGAACACGCUGGAGCUGGCGUCCAAUCAAAUCCAGGACAUAUCUGAAUGUGAUUUUCGUGGCAUGGAACAACUGAAAGUCCUCAAGCUACAAGGGAACUGUCCGAGAUGUCAAAACGCUCCCUAUCCUUGUGUUUCCUGUAAAAACGAGUCUCUUGCCAUUCAUGUGAACGCCUUUAAUGAUCUAAUACAGCUACAAAGUCUGAGUUUGGCAGGAAACUCACUGACCAACAUAAACCCAUCCUGGUUCAAGAACCUAUCCCAACUUAAAGAGCUGUUCAUUUCAUUUAACUUCUUAGAAACAGUAAUUACCGGGGACGCUACAUUUCUUACACAUAUUCCGAAACUUGAAAAAAUUGAUGUCUCCUUCAACUUUUUACUAAAGAUCUAUCCCCAAACAUUAAAACUUUCCAAGUAUUUCUCACAUCUAGUGUCACUCAGAAUUUUGCAUAUGGCGGGUUUAGUCUUCCAGGAAAUUGGAACGGACACACUUCAACCUCUUUACGACCUUAAAAACCUGUCUGCACUAAACUUGGGGACCAACUUUAUCAUUCAUUUCAAUUCCAGCAUAAUGGGCAAAUUUUCAAACCUGAAAAUGAUAUACCUUGCAGAAAACCGUCUAUAUCCGACUAAGGUGAGAAGUGUGAUGCAUUCGAAUGAGGGAUACAAUUCGGUUUCAACAUUCACAGCCCACCAUCCGCAGGACUUUGAGAUAUCGUACGGCCUUAUCAAACAGGAGUGUUACGAUUCUGGGCGGGUGCUGAGCCUCAGCUCAAAUAAUCUGUUCUUCAUCUCGCCACAGCAGUUUGAAGGCUACGUCAACAUCACAUGUCUCAACCUCUCAGGGAAUGGAUUCUCGUCAGCGCUCAACGGCACAGAGUUCACCUCGAUCCCAACACUGACGUAUCUAGACUUGUCCUUUAACAAGCUCGAUCUGGCCUACGACCAUGCCUUCAGUGAGCUAAAGAAAUUACAAGUACUGGACAUCAGUUACAAUUCACACUACUUUCAGGCCUACGGCAUAACACAUAAUCUACACUUUCUACAAAAUCUGCCUGUCCUGAGAGUUUUGAAUAUGAGUCAUAACUCUAUUUCCACAUUGACAACAAAACACAUGUACAGUAAAUCAUUGUCAGAACUACAGUUUCAAAACAACCAUUUAGGGAAUCUGUGGAAAGAAAGGGAUCCGUCAUACUUAGCACUUUUCAGCAAUUUAACAAAUUUGACCAUAUUAGAUAUAUCCAAUAAUCGUAUCACCAAACUUCCCGACAAUGUUUAUACGUUUUUUCCCAAAAACCUGACGACAUUAUGUCUAAGUCACAAUUCCCUCUCAGUUUUCAGAUGGGACAAGUUAAACCAUUUCCUUCACCUUCAAAGUCUGGACCUGAGCUUCAAUGUCAUAUCUGAUGUAACGGGUAUCAACUUCAAUGCCACCAACAAGUUGAUCCACCUGGACCUGAGUCAUAACAACAUCUACCACUUGGAUGAUGGCUUUUUGAAAGGGGCCAAAAGCCUCACGACUCUUUCCCUUAGCCACAACAAACUGACUGUCAUUAAUCAAUCAACCUUCCAGUUGAGCCCUGAAUCUCCAAUACAAAAGUUGUUCCUCGGGCAAAACCCAUUUCAGUGUACCUGUCACAUGUUUGAUUUUAUUCUGUGGAUUGAAACCAGUGGUGUGCACAUCCCCCAACUGACCACUGAUGUCACAUGUGAAGCUCCAGAAAACCAGAAGGGUCGCGCACUCAUUUACUUUGACAUCAAUCAGUGUGUGAAUGGCAGUUAUGCUUUCUUGCUCUGCUUGUUAUCAAGUUCCUUCAUUAUUGUUUUCAUGUUUGUGGUGACGAGUGCUCACUUAUUUUACUGGGACGCUUCCUACAUUCUACACUAUGUGAAAGCUAAACUGAUGGGGUACCAAUCCCUGAACUCGGGACACAGUGUUUAUGACGUCUUUGUGACUUACGACACCAAAGAUCCACACGUCUCUGAGUGGGUGAUGAGGAACCUCAGGGUGAAGCUGGAAGAGGAGGGGGAAAAGCAUCUUCCUCUGUGUCUGGAGCAGAGGGACUGGCUUCCUGGAGUGCCACUCAUGGAUAACCUGCUUCAGAGCAUCCGACAGAGCCGCAAGACUAUGUUCGUCUUGACGGAGGGCUACGUGAAGACCGGGGUCUUUCGGCUGGCCAUGUACCUGGCCCAUCAACGGCUGCUGGACGAGAACGUGGAUGUGAUCGUGCUGCUGAUGCUGGAGCCCGUGCUGCAGCACUCGUACUUCCUGCGGCUCCGUAGGAGACUGUGCGGGAAAAGCGUGGUGGAGUGGCCCAAAACAGCGGCCGCCGAGCCUUGGUUUUGGCAAAACCUGCGAAAUGUCAUCAGAGUGGACAAUCAGGUCAUGUACAACAAGACCUACUCCAUGUACUUUACCAACAGGUGAUGCAGUCCUUCACAGACAUCAACUCGUUUCCAACGACAGCGAGCGAAUGGUCUAUGAUGCGUUAAUAUGAAUCCCACUCAAGCACUCGAUACGACAUGCCCCGAUGCAAUAGAAUUGACUAUUGCAUCCAGGCGGGAUAUGCCCUAGCGCAUCCAGGUGGGAAGCGCAGGCUUUGCAGAUGAAACGAGGCGACCAUUCAAAAUGUGUAUCACAUUUGUACAAAAUAAAAACAAUCAUGUUUGCUAGGGUUAAUGGGAUUCAUAAUGACACCCCCACACUGAAGUAAUAAGUGAAUACUGCCUUUCCCGCCUGGAUGCCGUAGGGCGUGUCCUACCUUGGGAUGCAGCAACCAAUCAUAUUGCAGCAGGGCGUGUCCCAUGCCGACAACUCGGUUGGAUUCCUAAUAACGCGUCUAAAACUUGUGUGCAUCUUUGUAAAGAUACUGUGUUGAUAUCAUGCAAUUAUCCUGAGAAUGUUAAGCUAAUUAUGUUUUUUAUUUUACUAUGACACUUAAAAAACAGAAUUGCAGUCUCGAAAUAAAUGAAAAUACCUGUA